UCUUCUUACCUGUUUCCCCUAACAAUCCAGCUGCAGUUUUCUUUGUCUUCAUUUCGCUCAAUUCAUACUACAAAUACUUCAUAAUAGCCAGGCGGGUCAAUGGCUGAAUGCGACUUAUCAUUGAUUAUUUACUUGGUCAACGUGGUGAACGUGGUUGAGGAGCUUUGAUGAAUAUUCGUCCAGCUGAGCUGAGACUGAUGACUGGAGACGCUCGCUAUGAUAUUUUUGACGGUCUAUCUUUUACUGGGCUUACCUGGUGUAGCUCGAACUUCACGAUUAUAUGCUCGUCAGAAUGCCCCAAGUGGGAACUUGUCGGUAGUCCUGCCAUUGCCAAGUCUGAGCAGUCAGAAGGAACCUCUGGCACCUUCACUGGUAGCCACUUCGUUACGGGAUACCACUCCGUCGAGCAUCACGAAGCAGGAACGUGGCCCACCAGGUCUUGACGGUAUCGGUCCUCCGGGCCCGCCCGCUCCUGGAAGGCCACCACCUCCAGUGGAAUUAUUGCCACCGGUAGAAAAUACUGCCAAUCUAGUAACGAUAUCGACUAUCGUUGAAACUGUGGUUGGCACAGCAAUACUCACUUUCGCUUCACCAAAUACUCCAACUACUGUAGCUUUGCCCGAAACUCCAUCGGCCCAGCUCACGACUGUCAUUACGACAAAUUCUCGGUCGGCGGGAUUACCCUCACCGACCACUUUCCUUGCCUCUAAAAUCACAUCUAGUGUUACCAGCUUGACACUGAGUGAAAAUUCUAAAACGACAGCCAUUGUGCUGAAUUCCAACCCCGUUUCCCUACCUACCGGAACAGCCACGAUGCCCAGUUCUACUUCGACUCCCAGCAGUGCCAGCUCGAAUGAUAACGGAAGCGGAAGUUCAAUAUUAACUAUCGUCCUUAGUACGGUUCUGAGCGUCGCAGGUGUAGUUUUAAUUGCAGUGGGGGCUUAUUUAUGCACGGGAGAUCGGCGGAGAAGAUUACCAAUAUUUAACAGAGGCAUCACUCCGAUCGGUGACGAUGAGAUAGCAACGUGGAAGUCGGAUCGAUCAGCAGAGAAGGCCAAUAGGUUUACGACUCGGCCCACUUACUCGCAGAACGGAUCAAUAUCAACAUCUACCAGAAGAGCCCCAAGCUUAAUCCAAUACCAAAACGGCGCUCGGCCAUCUCUCGAAGUAAUAUCGCCGAGAUCGUUUAUCGGCGACAAGAACAGCUUUGACCUACCGGAAAUUCCCGGGGCUGUUUUGGCACGGGCACCGAACGCACGAUCCGGUCUGACGGACGAGGCGAUCCCUGGAGACGACCCAUUCCUACCAGCCCCGAGACGACACCCGUCAAGAUUGCAUAAAUUACCACCGAACUCGCCGGUCAUGAACAAUCGAAAAGAAUCGCGUAGCAACAGUUUAAGAAGUUUUUCCGAACCUUCAUGGCGGGAUAGUGCAGUAGAAACAUCGCCUCCUAGGGGCUCGAGUGAAGGCUACUCACGAAUCCAUCGUAUCUACUCGAAUUCACCGCUUCCGCCGCCGCCGAGAAUAUCUUAUGGAGAAAACGACCAAUUUACGGGCUUAUCGCCGCCUCCAUCGCGGCGGAAUGAAAGCACCAUAGGAUUGGCUGUCGGCUGAGAAUUAUAAUUCGUCGUCUAUUUCGACAUCCAAGUCUCCCAUCCCUGUGGUUUGUACAUCCAAACCUUGAGGAUUUGCUAGGGGUGGAGGGGGGUGUAUCUAGACGUGCUUCGUCUGUUUCAGCCCUUGAACAUGCCUUGGGGAAUUAACAAGGACCGGCUCGACUAUCCUCGCGCACUG